AUGAUUAAUGAAAUUUCUAUUCAAAACUUCAAUCAUCAUCCGAAUAAUGACGAUGAUGAUGAAGACAACGAAAACAAAUCUAGUUCGGAACCUGGAUCCCCUUUUCAUCACCCGAUUUUUGCAAAUAGAAAGAUGAAAGCUCAUGCCCGUAACAUGUCCUCUCCAACAUUAUUUACCCCUGUUUUUGAUAUCAUCAUUGAUCAUCCAAAAGGUUCCUUAAUAUUUAGAAAUUUUUGCGAAGAGAAUCUCGUGUUGGAAAAUUGGGAGGCUUUGCAGACCAUUAGACAAUUCAAAAUGGACGUCAGGUUUACCAUUAGAAAAGCAAUGGAGUUGGAAGAAGUGAUUCAGUCUGGAAGCCCUGUCGGCAACUGCCCAGGCACUUCCUCCAAUUCCAGCAGCAGUAUGAAUGGAAAGUUUAAAUUGACUCAAUUAAUUGGAAAUGUUCAUCACUUACUUGCCAAUAACCAGCAGCAACAUGUUGGAAGUAGCAGUCAUCACUGCCAGGGUGAUAUGAUGUCCCCCAUUACCUCAAUGAUUUCCAGCAUGACUGUUUCGGCACUGAAUGUUGGACAUUCUACUGCUGCAGCUCAUCAUACGUGGCAAACCCCUCCACAAAUUGUCAUUGAAAAGACAGAUCAUGCAUUACAGAGAAACCGAAAUUGUAAGGCCUUAAAAGAGUCAAUAUUGAUUGAUAUUUCUCGAAUAGUAGCUACCUUUAUCAACGAGGCGGCAGAUAAACAGAUUAACAUUGAUAGUGAAACAAGAAAGAACACCUUACAAAGACUUAAAAUGAUACAAUUACAAUUGGCAGCCACACAGGAUCGCCGAUUUUCAAACUUCUCUGAAAAUCCUUCCACCAAUGACGCCACCAUGUCACUAAUGCCUCCUAGUGAGUACAGCAGUAUCAGCAAUGACUCAUCCUCCAUGCUUCGCUCUUCUGACUCGUGCACUACCACCAAUGAAGAUUUGGCAAGCACACCCACCUCACCAAUCGACGAGAAUUCUCCAACCAGAAAAAAAGUGUACUCGUUUAAGAAAAUUCUUCCCAAACUAACCUCACCAAAGAAGAAAAAUGCAGAUGAAACAGAAAAGAAAAGUUCUGAAAGUGAAAAAGGUGAUCAAGACGCUUCUGAUGUUUUCAAUAUUGAUCUUAUUGGAAGUUUUAGUGUCAAGACAAGCAAUGCCUUAAAAGCAGCAACUCUUCUCAAUGAGCAGCAACUUCAACAGUAUGAACAAGAAUUUAAAGACUUGAUUAUGUUUUUUGAUCAAAUAGAGGUCCAACUGUUACUCUUACUUAAAGAUGAUGUCUUUCCACGAUUUGUGAGAAGCACAAAUUGGCUCAACUUUCUCAAACAAUAUCCGCAUGACGCGUUAGAGUGUGCCAAAACUGAAGAUAUUGAAGAUCUAAAGAAAAUGAGAUUUACCAAAGAUGACUUUCAGAGGGUUCGUUUACAACCGUCAGAUUUUGAGAGAUGUGAGCGUUUAUUUGCGGAUUCUAUACUAUUUGACUUGAUUUACGAAAAUUACGGACAAAGUAGCAAACGGCUCAAGAUCUACAGCUCUAGAAAAAGAGGAAAUUCAUAUAACAAGAAAUACGCCCAAAACUCUCCCUUAGUUGGUGUUUACUUUUCAAAUGGUGAGAACUUUAUUGAUGAAGACUCGUUAAAGCUUGGAAAGUUUGGAGUGCAAAAAAAGCUAGGAUAUUUAGACUUUCCAGCAGAAGUGGUGUUGAGUGCAUUGUGUGACAUUGAUUUGCAAAGCAAGUUGCUCCCCAAAGUGGAAAAGAAUGACAACUCAAUACUAGGCUGGACAAAAUGUGAAGACACUCGAUAUUAUCCCUCUCUCAUUACUCAUUAUACCCUUAAUUUAGGCAAAAUGUUUAAGAAACGAGGUGUGUAUGCCUCUAAUUGUGCCAUUUUUGAUCACAAGAAGUAUAGAUAUCACUUUUUAUCUAAAUCCAUUUAUUCGAAUUCUCAUUUUCCAAACAUUGAUGAGAGGGGCAAGAAGACCAUUGCAAGUGCCACCAUUACUUAUGCCUCCAUCAUUCCUGUUUCAAAGAGCAGAUGUAAGCUCAUUUAUGUCAUGCUGGGAAAUAUGGGAGGGGUUGUUUCAAAAUUCUCUUCCUUUUUAUUCAAGCAAGAAGUGACACUUUUUGACAACCAUUUGCAAGAAGAAUUAGUUAAAAUGAAAGCUUACAAGUACGCCGAUCUUGAAAAUGGAUAUAACAUGGUGAGAAACUGUAUAGACUAUCGCAAUCGUUUCAUGAUGAAUUCUGUUGAGGCACAAGAAAGCGCGACCACAUGUCCAUUUCCAAAAACUUUUGCCGAGUUUCAAGAAUUGUUCUCUUAA